CACAAUGGCGUUGUGUUCUUGUUUUAAAUAAUUUCCUUUUUGCUUUAAUCGUAUUAAUCCAACAAAGUUAUUAAGAUUUAUUCAUAGAAGAAAUUGUUCACCAUUUAUUUACACAAAAAGGAAGAAAUGUUGAGCAAAGAAACAGCCUUUGUCAUUCUUUCUGAAUCUGUCAAAAGUGAUCGUAGUAUUUGAACAACAAAUAAUUUAUUUAAAUUCAAUUUGAUAGAGUUUUAAUGUUAAAAUGUCUAUUUAUUGGUGAAUAACAAAGUGUUAGUCAUUAAUAAUCAAGAUGUGGGUGAAGCCUCAAGAAGUUUUCAUAAAAACUGCUUUGUGGGAUUGUGAUGACACCAGCUUGUAUUUCGUGUUGCAACGGCGAAAAGGCCAUGGCAAGUCGAGAGGUUUAUCUUCUUUACUUGUGGGUACUUUGGAUAGUGUGAUGGACACAAAACCGGCUCCGUACAGAAUACUGCAUCAGACUCCUAACUCUGAAGUGUACUAUGUAAUAGCCACGGCUCUGACAGAGGCAGAGAUACGUCAGGACUGGCAGUGGUUGUUUGAAAAUGUCUGCCCUACUUUGCAUUCAUUUGAUACCGAGGAUGAGGUCACAGAAUUUGUGUGCUGCAAGAUAAAUUCUGUCAUUGCCACUGAGCAGGACAACUUUACUGAAGAUGAAGAUACACUCAACUACAAAAAUGUUGAUUAUGAGUUUCAUCAGAGAUUUGGCAUGCCCAGAGAUGAAAAGCUUGUUUGUUACUAUUCAUGCAGUUACUGGAAGGGAAAAAUACCUCGGCAAGGCUGGAUGUACCUGUCAGUCCACUACAUGUGUUUCUACUCGUACAUAUUUGGCCGUAAAACCACUGUCAAGAUCCGCUGGGCUGACGUUACGGAGUUGGCCAAAACGAACAGCAUUCUCUUCCCGGACUCAAUUAAAAUUGUGACUAGGGAUGGAGAGCAUUACUUCACACUCUUCUUGAAGAAGAACGAGACUUUUGCACUGAUGCAACAGCUAGCCAAUAUUGCCAUGAAACAGUUAAUAGACGACAAAUCUGGCAGUUUCAAUAUCGAUAAAGAGCUAUUGACCAAACUCAGCAAAAAUGUACCAAAGAAACCGUCAUUCCUGAAACGUGACUUGGACGCGAAAAAGCAGUCUAAUCUUUACACGUUACGGUUCCGUUUGCCGCACACUGAGAAGUUGGAUGGCACUGAGGAGUGCACUUUAUGGACGCCAUACAAUAAGAAACAAAAUUGGGGCAGAUUGUAUUUGUCGCAGAACUUCAUUUGUUUCGAUAGUCGGGUAAAGAACCUGGUCCGUCUCACCAUACCCCUCCGUAACGUGCAUCAAGUGGAGCGAGCGGAUUCGGGAGGCACCGGCAGUUCUGGCGACUCUGGCAGUAUCCUCAUAACGACCUCUCAUCACACCAGUUUCUUCUUCGGCAACAUAUCCGACAGGGAGUUCUUGGUGCACAAGAUAUCGGAACUGCUCGCCAAAUUGCCUAAUGAUGUGUACAGGGAAAAGGCGACGCUUGCUGUCGCGAGGAACACGGAGGACCAGGAAUGGACGCCGCAGCCCCCUCUGAUGUCUCUGUUCAAGACCAACCAGACUUCACCCAUAAAACAAAUACAAGAGAAAAAGGUAAAACAAUGGGAAGACCACAUGUCCGAAGUAGGCCGCGGUGUUAGCAUGUAUCAAACAACAGCAGGCAGCGAGCUAGUCGUCAACGGUAUACCAGAAUCCCUUCGUGGCGAACUGUGGAGCGUGUUCUCAGGGUCCAUACUGCAGAAGGUGCAGAACAAAGGACUAUACCAGAAGCUGGUGAAGGAAGCCCUGUCGUCCAAGAAUGCUGUCAACGAUGAGAUUGAAAGGGACCUGCACAGGUCUUUGCCGGAACACCCGGCGUUCCAGAAUGAUGUUGGUAUAUCCGCGCUACGCCGCGUGCUAUGCGCGUACGCACUCAAGAACCCCACCAUCGGCUACUGCCAAGCGAUGAACAUAGUGGCUUCGGUGCUGCUCAUAUACUGCCCGGAGGAACAGGCCUUCUGGCUGCUGGCUACGAUAUGCGAGACGCUGCUGCCCGAUUAUUAUAAUACGAGGGUUGUGGGCGCUUUGGUAGACCAAGGGGUCCUCAAAGAGUUGACUGCAGCGCACUUGCCAGAACUACACGCGAAGCUUGAAGAACUAGGCGUGAUGAAGAUGAUAUCCUUGGCUUGGUUCCUGACGCUAUUCAUCAGCGUCAUGCCGUACGAGUGCGCCGUCAACGUCAUGGACUGCUUCUUCUAUGACGGCGCUAAAGUCAUAUUCCAGGUGACUCUCAAGAUCCUGGAUAUAAACCGGGACAAAUUGCUGACGUGUACCGAAGACGGGCAAGCCAUGCAGAUCCUUGGUGAUUAUCUGGCCGGCAUAUACAAUGACGAGGCGGUCGCUUUGUCUACUGAGCCACGCACUGCGCAGAAGACGAUAAGAAUCCAAGACCUAGUGUACCAAGCCUACCGAACAUACGGCGCGAGCGUGACUAGCGAGUGUAUAGAGCAUUUGGGCCUCAAACACAGGCUGAGGGUAGUCCGUCACUUGGAGGACAGCCUGGAGAGAAACACUCUGAGGGCCUUGCAGCAGGACAAGCUUCUUGAACCUAACGAGCUGCAGGAAUUACUAAGCGCAAUCCGCGAAGAGCUGUUGUGGGCGAAGCGUGUGCCCUGUGAGCGCUUGGAGGCGCCCUACGAGGCGUACCGGCUUGACUACACGCAGUUCAAGACGCUGUUCACUGCGUUGUCGCCUUGGGCUAAAGGCGAUAGGGCUGAGGCGAUCACUGCUAGGAUGUUCAAGUUAAUGGACAACGAUGACGACGGUUUCGUCAGCGCCCGAGGCCUCAGCCUGGCCUUAGGGCUCAGCGUCAGGGCAGACGCCCAAAGGCGUUUGCGGGCGCUAUACUGCGCGCACGCUCCGCCGUUACUGUCCCAUUUGGAACUCAGGCCUACUCACUUCACGGAUACUGGAGAAGAGUUGGCUGCGGACGCUAUAUCCUUCUUUGAUAGCAUGGAUAACCCACCGAGCCCUGAACCUUCGACCGCGUCGGCCAUGCACCGAUCCAUCAGCGAAGUCUGCGGCGCCGGCAGCCAGAUGGACAAGUCAAGCGAUAGUGUUUUGAGCCACUCUGCCGCGCGUUACGUCAAGGUAUGA